AUGUAUACAACAAUGCCUAACUCCCCACUUGCAAUCCCGCAUCAUUUCCUCGAUAUCGGAAAGGAUGAAUCCAGUCCACCCAUGACACGGAAUGACACGAAUUCUUCUGGACUCGCAUCAUUCCAACCAACUGAUGACCAAGUGGCAGAAGGUUUCCCUUCGUUGGGAGUAUCAACAGCAUCACCGACUCAUCGGACAACACUUCAGGAACGACGCGAAAAAUUGCUCGGCGGGAGUUUUCUCAGUUUAUGUGUCGAGACACUGCAGAACGAUUGUCCAGAGGCCAUUGAAGGGGAUUGUAACAGCAAUAGAACCGUCUUCCGUGGAUGGUCCAAGACAGAUUUGGGUGUCUCAUCACAGGCAUUGUCAAACAACGGAGUCGUUAGGCUUGUAUGUUACAAUAUUUUAGCGCAGCGGUUUCUCUCCAUGCAGCGCUAUCCGCGCUGCCCUCCGUUUGCCCUCGCGGAGGACUACCGCUGUGGAUUUGCAGAACAGGAGUUACUUCAGGCAGAUCCUGACAUCAUUUUGCUACAAGAAAUCAGUGUUGAUGUGUUUGGGAAACCCGGCUUACUGGGCGAGAAUUUGCGGGAAAAGCAUGGCUUCAUCGGUAACCAUGUAGUGGUCACAGAUUUGUCGGGCCGACCUCGCCAUACAAGUUUUGAUUCUUCAACUGACGGAGCUCAGGCCGUAGUUUUCCAAGAAGUGACCACUUCGUCUUCCAAGCCUUCCCCUUCAGGAACUGUGGAGAGCCGCCGUUCUAAUGAUGUCGCUGCUGAGAAAACGGUGGAGCCACCGCGGUCUGAUUUGGAGGGUGUUGCUACAUUUUUCUUGAAGGACCGCUUUGAGUUACUUGAAGUUAUUCCCAUUCGACUCAAUGAAAUAGCUAAUGCUGAUAAGACCCUCACACAAAGUGAACGACGGAGUUUGCGGAGAAUGUCCCACAAUGUAGCUCUUAUAACCGUUUUGCGUGAUCUGAACAAACCAAAUGUAAUAUAUGUGGUGUGCAAUCUUCACCUCCUUUGGAGCGGCUCACGGUGCCAGUUGUGGCAGCUGCACCGCGUAAUGAGUUAUAUUGAACAAGUUAAGGGGGAACACGAGAGUCACAUAGAAAACUCAAAUGGAGAGUGUCCAAUCGUAGCAGUUGUGCUCGGUGGUGACUUUAACUCCGAGUCGUGGGAGCCGCCGAUCGCGUAUGCUUUGAACGGCUCGCUCCCCGAAAGCAGUAAUGUUGGUGCAUGGUGCGGAACACCUGGUAGGGAAACUGGUGCUUUUAGUCCUAUUUCACGCGACACUGAUGUUGAUGUGGAAAAUAGCAAAUCAGGGACCCCAAUGGUUGAAUCGCCCUGUGGAGCGGGAGGUGGUGGUACAUGUAGCGGUUUCACGGCCCCUGCAGCCGGGCACUCAUUGGCUCUAACGGAUGUUUAUGAAAUUUACAGGGAACGCCAUCCGCGGCGUGUAUCAUUUGUGGAUCCGGGAGAUGGCGGUAAAGGUAAAGUAUAUGACCACAUUCUCAUAGACAAGAGGCAUCUUGGUUGUACAGAUGUGUUAAGGCUGUCAUCAAGCACAAAUCUUCCAGCACCAAACUGUCCGAGUGAUCAUUGCCCCGUGGGCGCCGUUAUAGUUCCGCUGUGCUUACUCUCUUAA